AUGGCUGCUCUGGGCUCCAGUCUCGCUCGUGCUGACGUGGCACUGACAGAGGCUGCCCUCGCGGCCACCUGCUCGCACCGGUCCGCCUUCUCCUCCUUCUCUGGUCUGCGCGCUGCUCCACAGGGCACUGCUGCGCCGCAACUGGCGCAGAGGGCCUGGGCAGCACGCCGAGCCGUCGUGAGGGCCGCCACCACAGUAGCGCCCACGUUCACGAACCUGAGGCCGCUGGGCGACCGCGUGCUGGUGCGCAUCCAGGAGGUGGAGGAGCGCACUUCGGGCGGCAUUCUGCUGCCCACGUCGUCGCAGACGAAGCCGCAGGGCGGCUCCGUGGUGGCCGUGGGCUCUGGCAGGACGUUGGGCGACAAGAAGGUCGCCGUCGACGUGCCCGAGGGCGGCAGCAUCGUGUACAGCAAGUACGCGGGCGUGGAGAUCGAUUUCAACGGCGCGCCGCACCUGCUGCUGAAGGAGGACGACAUCGUGGGCGUGUUGGCGUCCGACGACAUCGCCGACCUCAAGCCGCUCAACGACCGCGUGCUCAUCAAGGUGGUGGAGUCGGAGUCCAAGACGGCGGGCGGUGUGCUGCUCACGGAGAGCGCCAAGGAGAAGCCAGUCGUUGGCACGGUGAUUGCUGUUGGCCCAGGUGCCCUAGGCGAGGAUGGUUCAAGGAAGCCUGUCGACAUCGCAGAUGGUGCCACUGUUCUCUAUGCCAAGUUUGCAGGCAAUGAAUUCAAGGGCAAGGAUGGCUCACCAUAUGUUGUGCUCAGGUCUUCGGAUGUGAUGGCUGUGCUUUCUUAG